GUGUAAGACAUACGCAACUCCGUGUUUCCUAGUAAAGAAAGAUGUCUGGACGAGGGAAAACCGGUGGCAAGGCCAGAGCAAAAGCUAAGACGCGUUCUUCUCGUGCUGGGCUGCAGUUCCCAGUGGGUCGUGUUCAUAGGCUAUUACGCAAAGGCAACUAUGGCGAGCGUAUCGGCGCCGGAGCACCUGUUUACUUGGCAGCGGUACUCGAAUAUCUGACCGCCGAGAUCCUGGAGUUGGCCGGCAACGCGGCCCGUGACAACAAGAAGACCAGAAUCAUUCCCCGCCACCUGCAGCUGGCAGUUCGCAACGACGAGGAGCUCAAUAAACUCCUGGGAGGAGUCACCAUCGCUCAGGGCGGCGUGUUGCCAAACAUCCAGGCCGUGCUUCUGCCCAAGAAGACAGAGAAAGCCGCUAAAUCCAAGUAAAGCUGCAGACGUGAAUCACUAGCUCGAAACGGCUCUUUUAAGAGCCACCCAACCGUUUCGUGGAGAGUGAAAUUCUAAUUUACCACUGACUCAUGUGGAUUUCUAUAUGUUAAACAAAUCAUUCAGGCUUACAGAUUGUUUGACAAAAUAUUCAACCCUUUUUAGAGGACUGCUUUCAACGGUAAUAGAAAUCAGGAUGAUUAUUUUGUAACAAAGGUUUCUCUGAAAAUGUAUUAAUAGUGCAACUUCACGAUACACUCUCAAGGUAGUAGUUACGUUUUAUUACAUUUCUAAAUUUUGAAAGCAUGUGGGAAAACUGCCUUAUACCAUGUUGAACUCAUGACAAACGUACAAUUGGAUAAUAGCGUUACAAAUGACAAACCAGAUGUUCCAUAUAAAGUAUUCUAAAGAUGAAA